UGUUUCCUUUGACCUCUCCAACAGUCGCGAGUCUCGUGACUGACUUCGGCUUGGAUGUUAUACAAACUGACAGUAGCAUGUUAUGAUGUCAAAUACCUUCUCUGAUUGAUUGUGUUUGGAUUCGCUACUGUUCUUAACUAUCUGAUGAUUCACGUGAUGGAUUACUGAAAUUCAAUCAAAAGUAUAGUGCCUAUCCUUGCAGUGCACAUGAUUAAUUGAUGCAAAUGUUGGCCUCGGCCCUCGUCACUGAUGGAUGGAUAUGAUGUGAGCAUGUUUGAUGUCUUUCUAUAGGAAUUAAACGAGGUAAGAUCGUUUGAGCCCGGAAAUUACACAAUUGAUUACCCUGCCCUGUGUUUCAGGAAUGAUCUUUUCGAAAAAGAGAUUUUCCAGAAUCAGUUGCAUCUCAUAUAACGAAGAGGAGGAUGCUUCUUGUGGGCCUUCAAGUAAUAUAAAGAUCGGUGACUGGUGGCUCUAUUCAUACCUCUCCCUCAGGUCAGAUCUAUUGCAAUUUGCAACCCAUGUAUUUCGGAAAUUCUUGGCCCAAUUUGGUCAGAAUCCAAGUCCCAAAAUUUGAAAAGCAUCGGGACAACUGACAAGGGGCAAAAUAAAGAUUCCCCCCUCCUCCUGCAAUUAGUUUGCUUCUCGAAUCUUGAUCGAAGCAUAGGGAGAAGAGAAGCCAGGGGAUCGGGUUAAUCAAGCAAUAUGAUGCGGCUGGCAGCUAAGGUUUCGAGGGAUAUGAAGAAUGCAAUAGGCAGCUGUGCACUUGUUCAACCACCCAAAGCGGUGGCGGCGCCGCCGACCACCAGGCGGUUUUCUGCCAACCGCAGCACUUUCACGUUCAAUCCGGUUGCUGUUGAAAUGAUCAAAUACGCCACCUCUCUUGCUCGCGAGCAUAAAACAGAAGAAUCAUACUCGCGAGGAUUGUUGGUAUUGGAACAGUGCGAGUCCACCCAGUCAGAUGAUAAUUCAAAGGGCUUAGUUGAACUUGCUCGUUCUACCUUAUUGUUUGAAAGAGGAUCACAUGAAGCAGCUAUUGAAAGACUUGAGAAAAUUCAAGAGUUAAGCGUGUCGUCUAUUGGGGUUAAAGUUGCUGCUUCUGAAGCUGUAGCAGGGAUAUAUCUCGAAUGUUCACAAGAGGAUGCUGCAUCAGUGGCUGCAAAUCUGACAUUGAAAUUGCUUGAAACAAUCCAACAAGAAAUUGGUAAUGGAAGCGGCUUUGAGAUUCUGGAGGCACGUGCCAAAGCAAUGAAGGGCUUAAUUGAACUCACUUCUGGUAACCUUGACUCAGCGAAAAAAAUAUUUGAGGGAGUUCAAGGGCAAGGUGUUUUAGCUGGCACUGCUUCACUGUCUUGCAGUGAAUUUCUUCACGGCAUAAGAAACUUUUCAGCUGCAAAGGAGCUGUACCAGGAAGUUAUUAAGACUACGUCCGAAAUCAAAGAUUUUUGCAGUCCAAACAAUCUUGGAGCUUGCAACAUGACUUCCGAUGAAGUUGCAGUUGCUGCUUCCUGUGGUUUAGGACAGCUCGAGGUGCAUAUGGGGAAUUUUAGUGAUGCGGAGGAGAUAUUGACUGCGACAUUAAACAAAGCUGAAGAAUGCUUUGGCCAUCAUCAUCCCAAGAUAGGUAUCAUUUUAACCUGCAUUGCUCUUAUGUAUCGUCAGAAAGCAAUGGUGGAGCAUUCGAGUUCCCUUUUAAUUCAAGAGGGUCUUUUUAGAAAGGCACUUGAACUGCUCAAGGCCCCUGUCUUGGAGAUAGAUGGUAAGAGUGAAUACGGUUACAGAAAAGAUAUAAUUGCCUUGGCAAGAGGUGGGUAUGCUGAAACACUACUGGUGCAACAAAAUAGAAAAGGCGAAGGCGAAAAAUUGAAAAAGUGGGCAGAAACAGCUUGGGGAGACCAAUGGAUGUCACUUGGAGAAGCUCUGGAACUGUCGGAGUCAUCCCCAAGGUUGCCUGUUAUAGACACUCGAAUUUGCCGGGUUGUCUAGUUUCGUGUACAAUAUACUGGUGUACUUAGUUAAGAUCAUAAGCUUAUGCCAUGUUUGUAAUAAUUUACCCAUCCAUAUGAUGGUCAGUUUUGAUAUUUUCCUUGUAUCAGUAGCAGAAUAGAAUCAUUAAUUGAACCUAUCAAAAGAACCAUGUUUUUCCAA